AUGCAGCAGGGCAAAUACUGCUUUGACAUCCAGUUAAAGAAAGCGAACGGCUUUACGAGGACGCUUGUCGGCAUCCGCAGGGAUUCUGAGCGGAAUUUUAUCGUAUAUCCACAGGUGGACAGAAUAGGAGGGCGGGCAUGGAAGAAAUCAAAGCAAAAGUGUCUGCUUUCUGACACUAUCAAGGCGAGGCUCGGCGCAGGUGGCGGCACUGGCGGCUCAACAGUAACAGUCACACCGCUCGUAACACAGGGCACGCACAUUGCGGAUAUUACGGUUGACGGUGUGAAUAAAGAGAUUUAUGCACCAACAGGCGGUGGCACAGGUGGCAUCUCUGACGUACAAAUCAACGGCACGAGUAUCACGGCUGAUGCAUUUGGUAUCAACAAGAACAGUAGCGGUGUAAUCUAUGUCGCUAAUGCAUCGGAUGCAGAAAUCACAGCAAGAGCAAGCGCAUACAAACCAGUUACACCAUCUAACCUUAACUACGCCGUCACCGCCGUCCUCACCGACGGCAAAGCACCAGCACUGACCGAUGCACAGAAAGCGGCGGCUCAGAGUUGGUUGGGUAUCGACACUAUUCUCGGCUUAGUCAACGCAGUUAGCGAGGUGUUGGAUGAGUAUUACAUCAGUAUUACAGGACACGAAAGCACGCUUAGGACAGUCUGCUGA